AUAUUUAUAAACAAACUUAUAAAUAGCAUGAUUAGCUGCUUAUAAAAUAAAAGGUGUUAUAAUAUAAAACUUUUCGCCAUGGCUCUCGACAUUGUGACCAGGUUCUACACCUGCCUAAACUACCCACUGCUGGAAAAACUGAAAGCGCUAACAACAAUAAUAGACCAAUCAAGUCCCAGUAAAGACUUACAAGCAAUAUUCCCUCAGCUUAUCAACAAUAUAUUUGCUUCCUCAUUCUCGAAUGGCUGGGGAUUACGCUCUGUGUCCUGGGACACGGACAGAUAUGAAUAUGAGUUGUUGGUUAGCUUCUUAGAGCCGCAGGGCCCCAUGUUCAGGCUGUGUUAUAAGCUGUUGCUGGAUCCUCAGUUGAAGUACAACCUGCCGUUAAGUUCUCUGCCGAUGGAGUUGCAGAUGACAUUAGAAAGAGGGAGAUGUCCUCAGUUCUACAUGGACAUGCUGACAACCGACCCACAGUCACUCAAUGCAGUGGCUUUAGCUCUCAAUCCAUUUGACUUCUAUAUAUUCAACUUUGCCCUUCACUUGGUGAGCUUCAGCCCAAACAAGAGCUCAUGGGAAAACUGUGCAUAUUUUGCGUUGGCCUGUGAUUACUUGAUGCACUUCUUACCUUCUGACCCUAAUGUACCAGUGCUGCCUCACAUACCAAACUAUUCGGGAAAAGUUCAUAUGGCGGCACCACUUCAAACCGCUAACAGACCAUUCAGCCAACAUUCACCAUCUCUCCUGAUAAUACCGGACCUGCCCGGAAUAAGCAAUCAACACACACCGCCACAAAAUCAGACGCGGAACGAAGUGUGGCGCUCGGAGACUGUGCUGCAAGUCUUCAUCGACGUAUGGAUGAGUGUGGAACAGUUUAACGCAAGAAAUAUUGAAAUGUACCAAAAGAACUACAUAAACGCCAAUUCCAGUCCAGAGCGUGUCCGCACAGUGCGUGUUCUAGUUAAACACAUUCACUCCUUCUCUGCGAAGCACCUAUCCGACCCGGCGUGUCGGUCGGACGGCCUAAGGACGUACGCUCGGCAACUCAUGUGCGCGCGGGCUUAUCAUUAUAUAAAGCAUAUGGUGUCGACUUGGCCGUUAGAUGCGUCGUUUAGACUGGUCAUGGAGCUGUGGUUGAGCCUUAUACAGCCGUGGAGGUAUACGGAUAAUGCUAUCAAUCAGGACAGGUUCCCUCAGACAAACAACAACCAGGAAGAGGGCAGCACCCACGCAGCACUCGACGCGAGUUUCACACAGUACAUCGCCGAGAACUUCCCUGCCUACACCUGCAUACUACAGCUAGUGCUGCCGCGGUUCAUGGUCCUAGAUCUGACUUCUUACAAAAAUGCCGUCAUGCUGUUCCGAUUGGGAAAGGUGUUUUCUCAGCAACACCUUGUUCCAAUAUUGAAAGGAUUAGAAAAGGCGGUAACUGAAAAUAAUUCAGGGUUUUACGCAAGUCCCGAAUCAAGUUAUAACACCUCUGCACUUGAUUCAAGUUUUUCAUAUAACGGCAUGGCUCUACACAAAUGGGUCGCUAUCGCUAGACAGGCCAUAUCCGAAUUAAAUAUGUCACCGAACUUCGAGUACGAGCCCAUAUGGAGUGAAAACAAGAAACAAAACUCAUUAGACUUUGUUAAAAAGAUUGUUGCGGCCAAAUUAGCCAGUGAAAAACAUUUACAAGAGCUCGAAAAACGAAUGAAUCAACAACAUAAAGGUUUGUGGGCCAGUUUCAAGCACUGGCUCAUGCUGACUCCCGAGGACGAAGAUUCGCAGGCGUUAGAGGAAUGCAAAAAGGUCCCGAACUACCUGAACGCCACCAUCCACUUCUUUGCUGAUAUUUUUGGGUUGCAAGAAUCGUCAUUGCUGCCCCUUGAUCCAGUAGCGGAGGAUAUCACGGAACACUCGUCAUUUGCAAACCAAACACAAUUCUCGCAAUCUAUCACAAACAAGCUACGCGGCAAGUCAAAAAGCAUUACUUACAUGGGCGACCCAGACCUCAUGCCUAUAGCGACGUAUGAGAGUACAAUAUUAGUACGGAUGUUUUAUCAGAUAGCGUCGAGACUGAACGAAGUGUAUCAAGACGAAUUCACAAAUCUCUGGAAUAGAAAUGACUUCUGGGGGCAUGUUGCCCGCGAAAUACUGCAGCAGCCAUGCACCGUCCACAGUUACGCGCGCGACGCUACCAAUCAUCAAAACAUCGUCAGCCAAAACCUGCCUGCGCGCUUAUCUCUACGCAGGCUAGGCUCCCAAGCUUUCGUCUUCUGGGUCGUCAUAGGCUAUCUGUUCCUAAGGAUAUUCUAUUCUGCCAGCGGAGUGUUUUAUAUUUUUAUACUGUUCAUAAUGUGGGCGUGCCUUGUUUUAACGAAGGCGACUUUUAAAAUGUUAGGAAUCAUGAGAGUGUAGUGUUACCUAAGUGU